UUUUGAUACAAGCGCAUCGUCAACAACAACAUUCGAGCUAACCACGCGCCCAUUGAGGAAUUAUCCCGCCUCCCGUUCUCGCAGGGUUUUCGACAUGGCGGCAAUGAUGCCGAGCGCGUCCACGUCCAGCGCUGUCUACGAUAACGACGCGGUGGAGCGUGACCUGAUUGACCCCGACGAUGCGACGCUCGACGACCUCGAUGACCCGCUCCAGGGGGCCUCGGACCGCGCGCCGCUGACGGGCAGGAUCGCGUCGGGCGGUGCCAACACGCAGUCGUACCUGACGUCGAGCAUCCCGGGCGAGGACCGCCGCGCGCCGACCAACACCAUCGACGAGACGGUGUGGGAGACGCUGUCGCGCGACCUCGUGGCCAUUUGGGAGAAGCUCAAGCAGGUGCUGUACCCCAAGUACCUGCUCGGCGGCAUGAUGCAGCAGGGCGGCGGCAUCGCAGCCGCCGAGCGCGGGGAGGCCGACGGCAUCGGCGGAGGCAUUAGAGGCCUGGCAGGCAGAUGGCCCGACGCGGACGUGCUGCUGCAGGGCGGCAUGAGCGAAGGUCUGCGCGACUGGGACCUCUGGGGGCCGCUCAUCUUCUGCCUGCUGCUCAGCCUGUUCCUCUCGCGCGGGGCAAAGGCCGACCAGCGAGAUCUUGUCUUCUCGGGCAUCUUUGCCAUGGUCUGGAUCGGCGAGGCCGUCGUGACGCUGCAGAUCAAGCUUCUGGGAGGCAACAUUGCCUUCUUCCAGUCCGUCUCCAUCAUCGGCUACACGCUGUUCCCGCUCGUCAUCGCCUCGCUGCUCAGCGCGGUCGGCAUACCCAUGAUUGUCAGAAUACCCGUCUAUCUGGCGCUCAUUGCAUGGUCAUUAGCGGCAGGAGUCAGCAUCAUGGGCGGCUCGGGCGUGGUGCGGAACCGUGUUGGGAUUGCUGUAUAUCCUCUGUUUGUUUUCUACAUUGCGCUGGGCUGCAUUUGCUUCAUCAGCUAAGCUGGGUGCAUGCGUGAAGCAUGCUGUACUAUACCUAGGUACCGGGCGUUUGGGAGGUGUCACGAACAGCAUGUCUCGACUGAGACAAGGGAGUUUCUUUCGUUUUUUUUUUUUUUUCAAAAUCGAUUGGCCAACUUUAGCCAAUUUCCUUCACGAUGCGCCUUCAAGAUCAAUGAGUGAAGACGGCGGACGGUGAGCCGCGCGAGAUGUGCCAAAGUCUAGAACCCCACCAAACGGACCUCGAACUCCAUGACAACACACAGCCAAG